UGGAGUGAAGCAGACAGAUCCAUAGAUCCUGUCAAUUGCACUCCCCUGAUUGUCCAUCAAUCUUGGAAAAUGGUGUCAGCAGCAGUACUGGGUGCAGCAGCAGGAACUGGAUUGGCACUUGUUGUUGCGGUGACAAUAGUUGUCUAUCGUUAUUACUCUGUCAAGCAUUACGAAAAAUAUUGGAGUACAUUGGACCGAUGGCCCGAUCCACCAGCUAAUUCCACCAAGGGAUUAAUAAUGAAGACGAAUCGAACACUCCAUUAUUGUCACACUCCACCCACAUCAGUGCUCGAUUGCUGGAGAAAACCCCAGCGUAAUUACUGCGCCGUCCAGUCACAGGAGUUCAACGUUGCCAAGGAGCACCAUGCCAUCCAGCCAUCCUCAUCGUCCUCAGCCUCUGACGGUGGACUGCCCCACCAAAGCCGGAGCUACCCCUGCAGUUCAGGAGCUCAAGUGCAGGGUCCAGGAGGUAGAGUUUUAGCUCGAAAUCCAUCGAUAAGUUCUCAGAGUUCCCUGGAAGGUGCCUCAGGAUCAUCAGGCCACCGAGGCUCGUCACCCCAAAUUCGAGCAUUUGGUCCAGAUGGUCGUCAUCACCAUCACGAUCCCCUGCACGCAGCAUCUUCCUAUCCCCCAAACAGAAGCUCCAGAUCCCCAUCCCCAGCACGUGCUUCAUCUCUCGAUGCUAGAUGCAGCAGUCCUGCUAGCUGCUCUGGUAGUGGUCACAGUACUGCAUCACCGUCGCAAAGUUCAUUAUCAUCUCUGGCAACUGUUGGGAGUUCAUCUUGUGUUACGUCUACCAUUGGACCUGCUAAGUCAGCAAGUCGAUGUCUCUCGCCACUUCUCAUCCCACCACCCAGAGCCUGUCUCAGUGAUGGAGGACCAGCGCCUCCAGCAUCGCCCUUGGGGUCCCUGCAGCCAGACCUAUAUCAGCGUCGUGAUGGUCCAUUAUUCCUCAGUGCACGGAGGACUGAUCAAACAACUGGGAAGAGCCUCGGAAGGCUCCAUAUGCGCCUGAAAUACGACUUCGACAGAUCGGAUCUUCACGUUCAUCUGAUUGAGGCGCAUGAUCUUGCUGGGACUGAUCAGGGGGGAUUUAACGACCCCUUCGUCAAGCUCACCCUCAGCCCUGAAAUCGACAACAAGAAGAGACAGACUCCUAUUCACAGGAACGAGCCCAAUCCGUUGUUCGAUCAGCAUUUCAAGUUUCCUGUUAGUCAUGAUGAUCUUCAGGACAAAACAUUGGUGCUUCAGGUCUUCGAUUACGAUCGCUACUCGAGGAACGAUGUGGUGGGUUCGGUGAGAAUAGCGAUGGAGGAGCUAGAGCUGGACUCUUCGAGCUCGUCCAUCGAGAUCUGGGGUGAGAUUGCGGGUGAGAAAAAACCACCGGAGGAGAUUCAGGAAGUCUUGCUGUCCUUGUCGUACUUGCCAAGUGCUGAGAGGCUGACAGUCCUCAUCCUCAAGGCGAGAAACCUCUUCUCCCCUCAGGAUAAAGACACUCUGGAUCCAUUCGUCAAGGUCAGUCUUCUGUCUGGAGACAGACGAGUCAAGAAGAAAAAGACUGAGGUGAAGAAGGCAACAAAGUCUCCAGUGUGGAAUGAAGCCAUGUCCUUCAACAUUCCUGCAAGUGCCCUCGCUUCCUCUGCAAUUGAGGUGUGCGUGCUAGAUGCCAGCAGUGAAUUAAUCGGUGGAAAUGCAAUCGUGGGUUCUUGCAUCGUUGGUCCAGCGAUAGAUGGAAAUUCAUCCGGUGGAAAUGCGGAAAUGAAUCCCAGUCGUGAGCACUGGACGAAGAUCACACAAUCACCGAGGAAAGGUAUAGCGAUGUGGCACACGUUGCAUUGAAUCAAUCUUUGAAUCGCGAGUUUGUCAAGUGGUAAAGUACAACAGAAGAAUUUUAUUCUCCGGUGAUUGACUCCUCGGCUUCAUAACGAUUUUUUUUCCUCGGGUCAUUAUGGGAAGGGGAUGAUUAAUCAUUUGGAAAAAUCAUGAUGUCUUAUCCACCACUUCACAACCCAAUGUAUCCACAUUAGAAUCGGGUUUAUGCUCUGAAUUAUUCGCUCCUUGUCCUCAAAUAUUUUACGAAUCAAUUUCAAAAUCAUCUCAAAAUUUUGAGGAGUCAUUCCCGAUAUGCCGCUAUAAAAUUGCCGAAAAAUAUAUCUUUUUCGU